AUGAGUGUUUCACACCAGGAUGUGGCUUUGGCCGUGAUAAAUUUUUUGCAGAGUGCUAAGGGAAAGGUUGCUCCCGAUUUCGAGGAGAGUUUGGAUGUUGCCGUCGACUGCAUUGCAGAUGCUUUUGAGGUUGACAAGUCUACCCAGAAGGCAAUUGUUGACUCUAAGUUUGGAGGUAAGGACCUUGUUGAGCUCCUUCAGAGCGUGUCAAUCUCCACUCCCGCUCCUGUGCCUGUCGCAGCAGCCCCAUCUUCAUCAGCAGUCCCAGUGCAUAUCGAUGCAGACGAGGCCAAUUUGAAGGCUGAGGGUGAAAAGUUCAAGACCCAGGGAAACGUUCUUAUGCGUGACAGAGACUUCCAGGGUGCUGUUGAAAAGUACACCGAGGCUUUGAACUUGUUCCCAACCAAUGCCGUCUACCUUUCCAAUAGAGCUGCCGCGUACUCUUCCCUCCACGACCAUGAGUCCGCCGUGAAGGAUGCUGAGGCCGCAAUCAAGAGCGAGCCAAGCUAUGCGAAGGCCUACUCCAGACUUGGACUGGCCAAGUACCUGCUUGGAGAUGCUAAGGCUUCAAUGGAGGCUUACGAGCAAGGUUUGAAGGUGGAGGGUGACAAACAGAGUGAUGCUAUGAAGAAAGGUUACGAGACUGCCAAGAAGAAGGUUAUGGAUGAGCUGAAGGCGUCGUCUUCGAUAACCCCAACUGAUUCUGCCAGUAGGGGUGCUUCUACUCCAGGUGCCUCAACUCCAGGUGCUGGUGCUGGGGGUCUUCCUGACCUUGGUAAUCUGGCUUCCAUGUUUGGCGGUGCUGGUGCUGGUGCCGGUGGUGCUGGUGGUCUUGCUGGUCUCAUGAACAACCCACAAAUCAUGCAAGCUGCUCAGCAAAUGAUGCAGAACCCAGAUGCUCUUAGAAACCUGAUGAGCAACCCUCAAGUAAGACAGAUGGCAGAGAGCUUCGGUCUUGGUGGUGCGGGAGGAGAAGGUGAAGGUGGCCUAGGUGACAUUAUGAACAAUCCCAUGUUCCAGAACUUCAUGGGUGGAAACAACAAUUCUCAAUAA